AUGCCGCGCUCCUUCCUCGUCAGGAGGCCUCAGGCCUGCCGCCCAAAGCCCAACUACAGCCAGCUGCCAGACUCUCAUUCUGCAGGGUUCGCCUCCCGGGGGCCCUGCGACCCGGCCCACCUGCGGGCGGCCUUGCCAGCCCCCGUGCUCCUCAGCCCCUCGGCCGCCCUGCCCACACUCAUCUGGGACUCUCUCCUGGCCUCCCAGGCCACGCCGCUGGGCCCUGCCUCCCGUCAGCCCCAGGCGCGCCCCGCGGCUGGGCUGACCACCCUGUCAGAGGAGCGCAGCCUGCCGUCGUCGGCUCCUUCCUCGUCCCCCUCCACCGCAGCCUCUCCUCUGGACACUGAGGCCUGUGCCGCCAUCCCGGCCUCGGGCCAACUGCCCGUGCAGCCAGGCCGGCUUUGGGCGGCCAAGGACCCCCAGCCCCGCAAGGCCUUGGGCUGCAAAGACUACUACAAGGAGUUUGGCAGCCUGGGCGCGCUCCAGGGGCACUCCCGGAGCCACGCCCUGCCAACCGUCUGUGGCACCUGCGGCAAGGCCUUCUCCAGGCCCUGGCUGCUGCAGUGCCAUGUCCGCACGCACACCGGCGAGAAGCCCUUCUCCUGCUCGCACUGCAGCCGCGCCUUCGCCGACCGCUCCAAUCUGCGGGCGCACCUGCAGACCCACCUGGCCGUCAAGAAGUACCCAUGCGAGAGGUGCUCCCGCACCUUCUCCCGCAUGUCCCUGCUCCACAAACACCAGCACUCCUCCAGCUGUUCCGGGGACGGACGCUGA